UUUUUUUCCUUCAGUCUAUUGAAAAUGGAGGUGGAAGAGUGCACGGAAUUCAUCAUUUUGCAAGAUCAAGCAACUCUCCUGGAGACGUUGAUGAAAAAUCUAUCAAUUUUGCGACAUGAAGCCCCGCAAGUUGCCCUCAUCGAUACCGAACUAGAUGUACAUCUCCUUAGUUUCAAGGAAAUCUCCAGUAAUUUAUCAAUAAAGCUCGAAGCAUUAAAGCAAUUAUCAGAGCGUUUGGAGCAGGAGAAGAAGGAGGAAGUCACUGAGUUCGUGGAGAAUAUGCAAGAGUCUUGGAAGAAAACAGUUAAAGAGAUUACUGAAGAGCACUCAAACCUCUCAGUAGUGAGCAGAUCAGCGUAUGGUCUUCCCCUGUCAUCCGUUCUAUCUGAUAUAAAACGAUCGACCUCAUCAAUCCAAGUGUCCCUACAAAUAGGAGAAAUGAUAUACGACAAUGAUUUCGUCGUCCAAGGCUUUCUCUGCUGCAACGAGAUCUCUAAACUCCUGAAUGAUAUGGAGGACUGUGAUAAGCGUAUCCAACAGUACCUAGUGACCCCGAGGGUCAUCAGUUACCUCCAGGGGCUGGAGUCAACGGUGGAAGACUUUUCCCAGAAGAACAGUCUUCUGCCGCCCAAGGAGCAACAGCUAGAGGUGUUCUCCACAGUUUCGUCACUCCUGACCGAAGAACUUCUCGGCUGGAGGCCGGAGGAUCCUGCGGUAGUAUUGAAAAACAAUAAUUCCAAGAAACCGGUCUUCAUUACCAAAAAUGCAAAACGCACCCAAGUUAAAAGAUUGGCGAACUUGCCACUAUUCAAUUCUGUUCACAAGGAGAAAUCCAAUUAAAGUCAAUGAUUUGUUGGUUCGAUGUGAAUUUCUGUUAAGGGACGUUCCAGUAAAAAAUUCUGAUGUCUCACAGUUGUUCCUUACUAAGAAUUUUUUUUCCUACUCAAAACUUUCAACGAAGAUCUCAAUUGAUGAUUCAUCGAGGAGUUCGUUAUAUGAGAAUUAAUUUAUCAAUUGUCGUAUGGUGAGUGAUUGUAGAAAAAAUGAGAGA